AUGCUGUGGAUCCAGAUUAAAUAUCGCCACUGCCAAGCGAAGCGUAUUGGGCUGACCCAACAGACACUCAAGGACGACUUCAAACUGCAUUCUGACACCUAUUUUGGAGCCUCUUCCCAAGACAAGGAAGUCACUGAAGUCAAUGUCCAUCCGUGUUUACCGCCUCCUUGUCGUCUUGAAUCCAUUUCUCGGCAAGGUCCAUACCAGGAUAGUCAAAGCAACAUCCAUGCCCUCGCCGUGCUAGCAUACCGAUCCGGUCGACCAAGAAUCAUCGUGGCGGGUGAAGUGAUCAAGCGUCUGCUGUCAGGUAAAUAUUGCUCCGACGCCGACUUACUGUCAUAUGACUCAAAAUGGGUCAUUUCAAUAAUCCUCCUAUCUACACGUCGUGAUACCCAAUCAGGUGCAUUGUCUGUGUUCGCAAGGCGGGCUAUAUGCUCUUCUGAAGACCACAUGUUCAACCUCGACGGCAGAGAUUUCCUAUGA